CACAGAGAGAGUCGCCCAAACCUUGACCCUCCUUUAUAUGCUCUUCCCCGAAAUCAAUGCCUGAAAUUGAGCCCAACGCCGCCCCGCCGCUGCGGCUUGUCCCUGCGGCGGCGGACAAAAGCCCUAACUCGGCGGAGCUCUCUCUCAAUCCAUCCAAAUCCAGAGAAGAAGGCGAGGUCUCUUCCGAUGAUAAUGACGAAAAUCAUUUUCACUCUGCUGCGCGAUCCCCCAGUACCAGUGUACUUCCUCCAGGGCCCGUGCCGGUUCCUUCAGUGAACAAGCUCACCCAAGUGGGGAAGGUUGUAUCUCCCGCAAACUCUGCUGAUAUUCAGUUCCAAAUUUCCAAGCAACCUGUUUCCCAGAAGAGCAAUGAUGUGAACAGAUUACCAUUAAAACCUGCUGCACCUGGUUGGCGUCCCCCACGUGCCCGCUCGGGGCCAAACAAUAAUCUUGUGAUAAGCUUCUCAGAUGAUGAUAGUCAGAGUGAUUCUGAAGAGAAAGAGGAUGGGAAACUAAAAAUUGCACAUACUAAAAGUAAUAUCACUCGAGUGAAUGCUAACGGAAAACCACCCAUUUCUUCAAUUGCAAAACCAAACAAGUUGGGACAGCCUGCCAGGAAUGUGAACAAAGUAAUGCCCAAAAAGUUGUCUAUGAAUCGCACAUUUAUUACAUCAAUGGCGAAUAUCCGUGGAGUUAAUUCUAGGGAUUCUGUGUCUUCAUCAGUUGAGCAAGGAUCUCGAGUUGGAAAUUUCAAUGCCAUGAACAAAAAUAUAGUGAACAGAGAGCGUGGGUAUGAACUUCAAGACUUGCGACAGCAGAUUGCGCUGAAAGAAACUGAAUUGAAGUUGAAGGAAAGUGAACUGAAGCUUAAGUCUGCCCAGCGAACUAAGGAGUCAGUUGCAUGCAAGGAUGAGAUUGCCAAGGGCCUGCAAAGAGAUGGAGCUGGUAAGUGCAGUACAGGUUAUUCUGAUGGUCUGCAGAUAGAACCAAAAGAGCCAGAUAAAAAGCGCAUAAAAGUUAGUGGCACUUUUUCCACUCAGCUAACCGCACUAAGCCCACAAGAAUUACCAAUUGAGAAACCUUUAUUACCAUCUAAAAUCACAGCAAUGGAGGUGAAUACUAAAAUGGACGCCAGUAAGAUUGAGCAUCUCCGAAAAGAAAGUCAAAUGUGUCCAACAGAGUCGAGCAUUGUAAAAUGGCAAAAUCCUAGUGAUAAACAUUGCACUGGAAUGUUGGGAAAUAUACAUACUGGACAAAAAGAUGGUUCUGGCAUCGAUGCUAAAUACAUACAGGCUGAAGGGAGGGGUAAGCAGAAGGAAUCUUCUGUUACAGCAAACAAGGAUAAAUCACUGGCAAAGGCUGUGUGCAUUGAUUUUCCAAAUAACUCGAAUAGUGCGGAGUUGAAUCAUACAACUACGAACACAAUUAGUGGGCAUCUAGAACCUGGAUCCUUCUUAAAAUAUGCAACAUCAGGAAAGAACGGCGACCCUUGGGAUACCUUAUCCAUUGACAAGAGACCUGAACCCUCUUUCUACAGCACAUGUCAGGCACUCCUAAACAACACAAACUUCUCGAAUUGUCUUGGCAAUGCAAAUGUUACUGGAGAUGACAGCAUGAAGAUGCAGUCAUUGAUUCAAAUGGAGGAAAUGCUUGACAAAAAUCUGGAGGAAGCACAAGAGUAUAGGCGAAGGUGUGAAAUUGAAGAACAAAAUGCUCUUAAAGCUUAUCGUAAAGCGCAGCGGGCUCUUCUUGAGGCGAAUGCUAGGUGUGAUGUUCUUUAUCGGAAAAGGGAACUAUAUUCUGCCGACUUUCGUGCUUAUGUUAUUGAUAAUCCCAGUUUGUUAUGUUCCUCAAGGCAGAAUGAACAAACUGGUCUUGGGUUGGAUCACACUAAUAACUUGUCUGAUAAUUUGGGUUUAGUACUCCCGUCAAGCCAUCAGAUGCCGGAAGAGCAUAAUGAUUGCAAUCUAGCUGUUAUUGGUUCCAGCAUCCAAGGCGUUAACAGUGCUCAAAUUCCCAGUUCCUACCAACAUUUGGGCGGAGAAAACAAUGGCUCGGAGCCAUGCAGUGAACCUGAUGCUAGUACAUCUGAACCAGCAGCUCUUCUGGGCAAUAAUGGCAGAGAUGGUGUUUGCUCUCCAUCUGAACCAAAUGGUUCACUGAAUGAAGAUGAUGAUACAUUUUCAUUUGAAAAUGAAUCUGUUCAACCCAUUAGUGAAUGCCAUAUUGUAAACAAACAAAAGGAGACAGAUGAUGGAUCUAAUAGGGUAAUGUCAAUUGACACCAACGAGGAAUCCUUACUUCUCGAAAAAGCAUUGAGGUCUACACUGUUUGCAAAACUAGGAACAAAACACGUGUCAAAAAACGGUGUAGUAAGUAAUGUCACAGGGAUUUCAGUGGAACAAGAGGCUGAAAAUGAUGCAAGAAGUGAAGAACCACCACAAGUAAACAGUAGAUCUCCUUUGUCAGAGAUGGAGACAAAUCAACCAUCUGACAUUGAAGGCACUGAGGGGCAAAGGAGAAGUUUCAGUGAGUCUCCUCUUGAGAUUCAGAAAGAGCAUACCAUCAAGAAUUUGUUUUUGAACUCUCAUUUCAGUGAGUAUUCUGAGGACAGAUGUUCCUUUGGAGGUGAUCACUCAUUGGCUACUAUGAUCUUUUCUCCUUCCUACAUAUUGAGUAGUGCUUUUGGGUAUAUGAUGGAAUAUCAGGACGGAAGUGAACAGAGUGGAAUUUGCAGUACUAAUAUUGAAGAAGAUGCUUGUAUGAACUCUGGUAAAGCGCAGUUUGUUAGUACUGUAAUAGAUGCAACGAAAAAGACUCUGGUGAAGUUAUGUGAUAGAGAAGAUGGAUCAUAUGCCACUGGUCCUGCUGUUGAUACCUUUUGGCCACUUUGUAUGUAUGAGCUACGAGGAAAAUGCAACAAUGAUGAGUGUCCUUGGCAGCAUGCUAAGGACUACUCUACCAGCAAUAUGUUUCCUCAUCAACAUGAUAAUUCUGAAAUUGCUGAUUGUCAGGUUGGACACGCAUUAUGCAAAGAAAAGUGUGAUGGUUCAGCAAAAUUUCCCUGGCGUCACAAUGUUAUGACUGUACCAACUUACCUUGUUGGCUUAAGUACUUUAAAAGCUGAUCAGCACUCAUAUGAUUCUGUCCUAGCACGGAGAAGCGGUGAAUGCUGGAAAAAGUGUUUCAGCCUUUUCUUAGCAUUGUCAAAAUCGUUUCAAAAAGGUUUCCUUGCAGACGGGCCAGUCUUGCAUGGAAAUGAUGGUCGCAUCGAGGUCCCUGUGAGUCGGAACAGGCAGUCAUCGUAUUUCCAGAGUAGAAAUAUCGGAGUGAAUCAACUGGAUCAAGCUUCGGCUGGCAAUGAGCAGUUCCUGGAAAAGGCUCUUUUAGUUUUCAGUCAGGAGGUCAAUGCCCUCGAGGGUAUGAGAAAGGCUCUUCCUGUACUAUCCAGAGGCCUUGAGGCUGAUCCAACAUCUGUUAUUCUCUGGGUCUUUUAUCUGCUAAUUUACUAUAGCAAUAUGAAGUCAGUAGGGAAGGAUGACAUGUUCUCUUGUGCGGUCAACUACAAUGAUCAAUCUUAUGAACUUUGGAUUAUGUUCAUCAACAGUCGGAGUCAGCUAAGUGACCGAUUGGUCACUUAUGAUCUCGCACUCUCAGCACUGUGCUGCCAUGCUUCUUCUUCCAAAGAUAAAAUGCAUGCUAGUGCUUGUAUCUUAGACUUAGUUUUGCAAAUGGUGGAUUGUCUAUGCAUGUCUGGGAAUGUUGAGAGGGCCAUUCAGAAAAUUUGUGGACUCUUCUCUGCUGCUGCAAAUAUCUAUGACCCUGAUUCUCCAUUGCUUACUGAUAUUCCCACAUGCCUAACCAGUCGUGACAAAUGUAUAUUGGGGAUCUGUUGUGUUUACUUGGUUAUCUAUAAGAAACUUCCUGAUGCUGUAGUACUGCAGUUUGAGUGUCAGAAAGAACUAUCUGCCAUAGAAUGGCCUUCAAUUGAAUUAGCAGAUGAUGAAAAGCAGAAAGCUUUCAAGCUGAUGGAAGUAGUGGAAGAUUCUGUAUGUCAAUCGCUGGAUAAAAUUGAAUUAAAUCUCAGUUUGGCACAUUUUUUUGCUCUGAACCACUUAAGGUGUGUGGCAGCUAUUGACAGCUUAGAACGGUGUAGUAGUCUUCUAAGUAGAUAUCUUAAAAUGUUCCCGUCAUGCUUGGAGCUUGUCCUAAUAUCAGCGAGGGCCCAUAAACAUACUCCUGAUGAUUCGCUUUUUAAUGGGUUCGAGGAAGCCCUAAAUAAUUGGCCAAAGGAAGUUCCAGGAAUUCAAUGCAUCUGGAAUCAAUAUGCUGUAUAUGCACUUCAGAAAGGACAAUUUGAUUUUGGCAAAGAACUUAUAGGCCGUUGGUUUCAUUCUCUACACCAAGAUCUUUGCCUUCGAAAUCAUGCAUUAGAUGACAUGGAGUGUGAUAACUCGGAUGGCUCACUGGCUUUGGAUUCAGUUCUGCAGACUCUUGACACUGACUUUCAGCAGAUGGAUAUAAUGUUUGGAUAUCUUAAUCUCUCGCUUUACAAGUUAACUCAAAAUGAUCGGACUGGAGCUUGUGUAGCCAUUGAGAAGGCAUUGAAGGCUUCUGUUCCAGAGUAUUCUAAGCAUUGCAUGAGAGAGCAUGCAUUAUUUAUGCUAAGCGAGAAAUCAGGAUUUAAGGAGAAUUGCUGUCAUAGUGUCAUGGAGAAGAUUUUGAAAUGUUAUGUAGGUGAUGCACAAGCUUUUCCUUUGUGUGAGCCAUUAUCAAGGCAGUUCAUUGCCAGUGUGAAGAAGCCAAGAGUACGGCAGCUGGUUAGUGACGUAUUCAGUCCAUUUUCGUCUGAUUUUUCUCUGGUAAAUUCAGUUCUUGAAGUUUGGUUCGGACCAUCUCUAUUACCGAAAAAGACUGGUGAGACAAAAUAUCUGGUGGACUUUGUUGAAGCCAUCUUCAACCUAACUCCAUCCAACUAUCAGUUUGCCAUUUCUGUCUGUAAGCUGUUGAAUAAUGGCAGCCAUGAGACUGAUAUUACUUUAGCCAGUGUUUUGUUCUGGGCUAGCUCAAACUUGGUCGAUGCGAUCUUUCAUGCUGUCCCUAUUCCACCAGAGUUUGUAUGGAUAGAAGCUGCACAAAUAUUGGGUAAUAUGGUGAAUGUUGAGGUUAUUUCUGAGAGAUUUUAUAAGAGAGCUUUAUCUGUAUAUCCUUUCUCUGUUAAGUUGUGGAAAUCCUAUUACAUGCUUUCUGUGAUGACUACAGGAAAUGUGAACACUGUUGUGGAAACAGCAAAGGAAAAAGGAACUACAGAAGCGUGUACAUGAUAGGAGCACAAUCAAAGAGGUUAAAGGGUUCAGCAACUUUGCCACACAUUCCGAAGUUCGGUAAAGACAGGAAUUUCAGCACAUUUUGUUGUUAACUUAUCUUUCUACUUUAUGUUUCAUGUUGUCUUCCCUCUACCUAGUAAUUUCCGCACACGACUUUGUUGAUUUCUUGUACCAGCCGGAUUGUUGUACUUGAACCACAGGAAUGAAAUGGAAUGCGUUUAGU